CAACAUUUGUGCCCCCCUCAGGCUGCCGUGGCUGCCCUGAAGAUCGACUGCGGCUUACCAUCUGAUCAACACGAUCAGCGCAGCCUCUCAACUCUCUUGGAAUGUCUCUCGUGAUUCUGACAAUGUUCCCAUAUUGGUUAAUCUGCUCCCUGCAAGAUGAUCUAGGUACUCUCUUCCUGUCUGCGUUCUUCGAUCCUUCACAACAGUCGCUUCCACUACGGUCCUUCUGCCUCCCUCUGAGUACCUGCCUUUUGUGAUGAAGAUAUCAUAUGUCGAAGAUCCGUUGCACUUGUGGCCUUCGCCUUGAUGGCCUGCAUAUCUUCCUCGCUUUUGAACCGUGGCGAGCACAUUGAGAAGAUGGUUGAAAGAAGACUUCUUAUCCUUGAGGGGUAUCAUUCGAAAGAGUUAACCUCCCACGAUUACGAUUCUAUGAAGGCCUUGAUGACUUCUUUGUUGUUCGAACCGGCUCACUGCAGACCCUGCUGUGGUCGAGGAGCUAUCCAAGAUCAUGUCUCUUCUAACCGCCUCCUGAAAGUGCGCCCUCGAGACUCACAAUUGUCCACAAAACACUAUGCCGUCAUUGAAAGGAGAGAACAACUAAAGGUUUUCGAAUCGCAAUGUUCGAUGCGUGCUGGGCUGGGGAAAGGCAAAGCCGUGCGUGGUAUGGGUUUUGCAGAAGGUGUUGUGCCUUUCCCCUGUUUUGGUUGGACUCCGGCCCGUGGACUUCACAAUUCAAUUAGCAAUAGGUCAUGACAGGCAUCCCAAUCAAUCAGAAUGCGUAAUGUAUUGCUUGC